UUUAGAUUAGAUCAUUUUGAUCGCAGGAGCGAUUUUGAUAUGAGAGAAAAGAUGAGAUGCUGAUAACAAUAAUCUGACUAAUCCUAAAUACAUAAAAAAUACGAUUUGUGUUAAUAAUUUAGAAGGAGAACUGUGGUCGCAAGAAUGUAUCUGCACAAACUAUGCAUUCCUGUGUUUUUUGCACUGUUGGCUAGUGUUGAUAUGAGUGAAAAUAAAUAUUCACGAAGCGCAAAUGAAAAGGAUGUUGAAGGAGUUAAUUUCAGGAAAUUAGAAAAACCUUUUAGGAUGAAUAAGCUAAAUCUACUGUGGACUAAAGCUCAACAGCGUCUAACAGAGCCAAAAUUGAAAUCACUGUACAGUGAUUUGAUGAUUCAAGACAAAGAAGAAAUUACUUAUAAACGGAUCAAAAGUGAACGUGGGGACAAAGAGGGUUUGAAGGAAGCUGAAUUGAGGCGCAAACUUACUAAUAUUAUGUCAGUAUAUGGGCUUCGAGAGCAUUUUGGAGACAGCUCUAGUCCCCAUAAAGACCCUCAAUCUUACAACUCUGCUAUUGAUGACCACAUCAAUAAAAGUUUAUUCAAAGAUAAAAAACUAAAUGCAUUGUGGGCAAAAGCAGAGGCUUCAGGUUUCACAAGUGAAGAGUUGUCAGCUUUGAAAGAAGAGUUUUUGCAUCACCAGGACAAAAUUGACCAGUACUAUGAAAUACUUGAAGAUGUAGAAAAAGGAGACAAAGACGGUUAUAAAAAUGCUGUGGAUGAAGAGGAACUGGAUAGGUUCAAUGAGAUCAGUAGUCAGUUGGAAACCAAUGAGAUAAAAAAAGACUUCUUAGAUAAGACCAACUUAGUCAGAGAAAAACACAGGGGACUGAGAGAUAACUAUGAUAGAUUGCAGAGAAUUACAUCUAAAGGUCCAAAUAAUAAGGAAUUUAUAGAACCCAAAGUUCAAGGUUUGUGGAGAAUGGCCACUGCAUCUAACUUUACUGUUGAUGAACUUGCAUCAUUGAAGGUGGAGUUGCAACACUACGAAUCCCGUUUGCUGAAGUUACGGAACUUGCAAGCAGACCAUGUAAGCAAUGUCGAUAAACAUCAUAGCAAGGUGGCGGCCACCGGCGACAAGCUGGACCACCUGGAGCACGAGCAGCAGACCAUCAAGAAGCACUCGCGCAAGGUGCAGAAGAUGCACGAUGACCUCGAGCAGCGCAUCCUCGCGCGCCACUCCGAGUUGUGAGGCUGCUGGAACAUCCUCCGGAUCUUCUUCAAGUGGAAUCUGCCAAUCGAACUCUUGGCCAUUAUCGAAGAGGACGGCGCCGUUUUAGAAUAUUUUCAGAUUCCAAAACCAAAAUUUAUUUGGGAGACCUUCGUGACAUACAUGAUAUAUGGACUGUACAGACGAAUGCUUAGGCGAUGGCUUAAGCGUCUCAAUGAGGUCGUGUUAAUGUAUGUGUUUUUGUAUGAUUAAUUUUCAAUCAACAGUUUUAGAUAUUAUUAUAUCAAAUGGAAAUGUUUAAAAUGAAAUAACAAUGAAAUAACAAAUCGGUUAUGUUAAUUAAGAAGAAAACAAAGUGGAUUUAAUAAUGGUUAAGGGUUUGAGGACAUGUAAUAAAUAUUUUAAAAUGCUCUCAAUGCAAAUAAAUAGUAAUCAAUAACUUCAGGUUUACCAAAUACUUGUAAGAUAUUUAAUAAAAGAAUCUCUAAACAGAAAGAAUGUAAUAUGUUUAAGCAUGUUUUCAAUACAUUUUUAUUUUCUUGAAA